CGGGGGGCGGGCAGACGCUUCUCUUCCUGAGCGCGGUGCUCGCGGAUGUCAGAUAUCAGGCACUUUCAGUCGAUGUGAGGGGAGACGGAACGAACGGAGACGGGGAGGAGGUUGAGGAGCAGGAGGCGUGGAAGGGGGUUUAGAAGCAACACUAAGGACCUGGAGAGAAAUGGGAACGAUGAUGGAAGUAAAGUAUCUUGAUGCAAAUGAAUGGAAGUACCACGGAGAAGGCAACCGGAGUUUGGUGGUUUCUCACGUUCAGCAUUGUCAAGUACUGCGUUUUCUGAAAUUUCCCAAUGAACGUUCACAGCCAAAUCAGGCAUUGGAAGAAGCUCCCCGUCGACUAAAGAACAUUGUUGACUUCAGUAAACAUGUGAUGAAGCUUUUACUGGGUGAUACCUUUGUCCAGCCAGGGGAGGUUAUACAGCUACCACUAGACUUUGUAAGACAAUUGGCAAUGAAGAUCCAACCAGAACGGCCAGGAUCACGUUGCAAUAAAGUAAUGGAUGCCUUCAGUGGGUAUGCUUUAUGCCUCCCAGAUCUCACCAAAUUUCAAACCUGUCAUCGAAUUGAAAAACGACCACCCCUCUGUAUAGAAAUCAAGCCUAAAUGUGGAUUUAUCCCUUUCUCAACUCACAUUGCCAAGGAUGUUAAGCAUCAUGUGUGUCGCUAUUGCAUGCACCAACAUCUGAAGGUGGCUAAUGGAAAAUGGAAAAGGAUAAGCAAAUACUGUCCCCUUGAUCUUUUCUCAGGGAAUAAACAACGUAUGUACAUUGCCUUGAAAAGUUUGUUACAGGAGCCUCAGAACAACCUAAAAAUUUUUAAGAAUGGAGAGUUAAUAUUUGGCUGUAAGGAUGACCAGGACUGCUUAAUGGAUCUGAAUGAACUAGCUAAUCAUUUGAAAGCUUACUUUUUCCCUGCUAAUGGUGUGGUUAGUGGACCACAGUGCACAAGAACUGUUAUCAGUGAACUGAUUCAUGUGAUAACAAUAGCUUUGGUGAGCAACGUAAACAAUUGCAAGACUGGUGAUAUGAAGAGAAUAAUCGUCUCAGAGGAAAGGAGCCACUGUGAAGCAAGUCAUUUUUGCAAGGAAGUUUUAAGAAAUGGUAUUCAUGUUGUGGAAAAUUCUGGCUUGCCGAGAGGUUGUGUUCUUUCUCGGAUUCUUCAAGUACAGAUGCUUGAUAUGAUGGACAUUGACGGAAUCUAUCCUUUGUACCUGAGAGUUCAACAGCAUAUAGAAGAAUUUCCAACAGACAGGACUAGGUUGCAUUUAGAUGGCCCUUACAAUGAAAGUUUUUAUGAAAGUCUAUCAGAUUCUCAUUCUCAAGAUGACGAAACAGUGGACUAUGCAGCCCAAAAGAUUCAUCAGUACAGGGUUGCCACAACAGCCAAGGACUGCUCCGUCAUGAUUGCGCUUUCCCCUUGUCCUUUGGAAGAAUGGCCUGAACCAAGUACCAUAAUCCAGACAUCACGGGCUUGCUUUGUAUAUUCUGUCUCUAUUCUAGACUUGGAUCCCAAACCAUAUGAGAACAUUGCACACCAAUACAAACUUGAUGGGAAGAUAAUAAACUUUUACUUGCAGAACACGAGAGCCAAAAAGGAUCUUACUACUCAAAAAUUCUACAAGGAAAAUGAAGAAUGCACACUGUUUUUUCAUUCAGUGUGAAGUUUUGUGGGGCCUUGCUAUUCUCUAAUCACAAAUAAAGGACUGCACUGACUCAGAGGCCAUAAAUAUGAGAAGUUUCAAAAAUGUUUGUCUAGUAAAUUUAAAUAUUGACAUAGUCAUAAUUUAAUACUUUUGCCGGUCACUCACUAAACUUGCUCAAGUGGAUGACUUUAUUUAAAAGCAUGUCAUUCACCAAUUUUAAAAAAAAAAAGCACUAAAUAGUUUUUGCUGAGAAAUCCGUUAACCUUCAUCUUGAAACUCCAGAUUGUAAAUACUAAAGCACAAUAAUUUAAAGGUAUCUGUAGACUCAGUUGAACAGUGUUUCAAAAUACCUGUCAUGGAGAGUAGGAGAAGUUCUUUAAAAGCAGCUAAAUAAAGAAAACUUUUAUUUAGACAGCAUUGAAAAGUGCAAGGAAAACAUGAUGUUACUUAACAAGAUUUUUAGCAUUCUCAUUGCAAUUUUAUUUGAGUUUAAAUGGAUGGGUUAAGGCCAUGGUCAUGCACUUGAUUAAAAAUUGCCUGCUUUCUGGAUGUUUGCUCAUCACCGGAAUUGCUGCUGGGAGUGGCAUUUGUUUUUUUCACUGAUAUAGUUUGUGCCAGUUUUGCCAGUUGGUAAAUAUUGCCAGUUAGUGCACAUUAACUGUUAUAAUUUCUUGUUGUACGUUUGAUCUAACCACUUGAAUGGUGCUGUUGAAAUCUGGGUUUUGUAACCGUCAACUUCUCACAAUAGCUUUUCAUAAAUUGGGCAAAGAAUAACAAAUAGAAUUAGUAUUUCUUUUGGGUACAUAAAUAUGAAGCAUUAUUACCUCAAAGUUGUAAUAAUGUCUUGAUGCUAAAUUAAUUUUCAGGAUUAUAAAUUUCAAAAAAAAUGCAACCUCAUUUUUAACUGACUUCUGAACUUCAGGAUUAGAAUUAAAUUAGGAGAAGUUCCCUAGGACGUUACUUUUAAAACUACUUUGUGCUGUGCUGGUAUUUACCUUCAGCAAUGAAUGUCAGCAUAGCAUACCCUGGAGUAAUUCAUUUUAGAGCCGUAAACACUCUGACAGUAACUUGUUAAGAACUACCUAUGGACAGGUGAGGUCUGUGAUUCUAGCAAUCCUGCAGAUGCAGUUUUGACACACUGAACCACCAGUGUACUCUCUUGUGUAUUUUCAGUCAGAUUUUCAAUCCACUGUGUCUUGGCCAUUUUACAAGUUACAUUUUUAGUGAGAGCUAGAUUGUGAAUUCCCUUCCAGUUACCAUUUUCUGAAAUAUCAGAAUUAAAAUUUAUUCUUGAGGUUUUUUCACUCCCAACCUUAGUAAAUAACUGAUUUAGUGGGACACACUCAAAAACGUCAGUGUGCACUGAACCAGAACAAAAACCACCUAGUGAGUGGAUGUUUCUAAAUGUGAUGAAGGUAAAUGAUAAGAGUUAUGGUUCUGAAUAUAAAGAAAAAAAUGGUGUGUUUUAUGUUUCAAGUCUGCAUCACUUAUCUUCCUUUUUGGCAUCAGAACAUUAGAAUUGGAGACACUCCAAAUAGUGUUGGUGUGCCAAAGACCCUGGAUGGGGAUGGGAAAUCAUUGAGUACAAAUGCAUUUUUUGAGAUUGGCAUAUUGGGAAACAUGUAUAUGGAGUAAAGGCUCCUUGUCAACUGAGCAGAAUGAAAGUAGCACAAAGAUUUUAGGACUGUAAUAUUGGGGUUGCUAUUUUGCCACUUAGACUUUAAUUUUAUUAAAUGUAAUUUUAAAUGGAGAGAGAAUAGAAUGAGCAAGUUGCAAGUAAACUAUAUUUUUUCAAAACUCAGCAAAAGGUUUUGCAAAACAUCUUAAACAAAUGAGUGCUAUUUAAUUUUCUUUAAAUGUCCUUUUGAAAUUUUACUUGGGUUAUGCAAAACUGCAUUCUUUGUGCAGUUAAACCAAUGGACAGAUCCAAAAUUUCUGCAUUCACCUCAAUUUUGCAAAAUUGGUAAAUGUGAACUUUUUAGGUGAAAAAUUACAUGAAAAACCUGUCCUUUUUAGAUUGUAUUGGUUAGAUCUUGUGACUUCAGUUGUUAUUAUUGAAUUAAAACAUCCUUAUUGUUCCCCUACUUAGAUAUCUACCAUUUUGUGAACUAAUCUACCCGUGAAUGAGAUUGCAUGCAAAAAACCUAUGGCGUGCUUUCCCAUGUCUAUGACUGACAGUCUGUUUGUUAACCCUUGGCUUUCAACAAACCAAGGCAAACAAGGGAUGCCAAUAAAAUAAAACUAUUCAUAGCCCUUUAACUGCAGUGUGUACAGCCCUUUACCUCUGAAGAGAGCUGCCUAAGUACUUUUUUUUAUUAAGGUGGUUUAGUAGGAGUGUGGCUACAUAAAUGUUGUAUUCUAGAUCCAAAAAUACUAGUGAUAGAGGUUCCAAUUUUCUUUUCAUCAAAUGGCUGACUAGAAAUCUCUCUCAUUCUUACCACCUUCCAUCACUGUAAUUUGGAAAGAUUUGCUGGUUGCUGUCUGUUUAGCUGCAUUAUGAUUUCAAGUCCCACUGCUUUCUCAAACUUAAAGCGUAUACUUCACUACCUGGUAGUAGGACUGGAAAUCUCUAAUAAAAUGGCUGAGUAGAGCAGAAACCAUGAUUUGGGUUAAUUUUGUUGAUAAAUUCUGUAGAUAACCUAAAGGGAAAAUACUGAAAUAAUCGCCUCCAUAUUUUAGCUAAGAAGCACAUGCAGAUUAUCACUCUUGCUGGAAAUCUAUACUAAAUAACUGUAAAUAAUCAUGCUUCUGUUCUUCACUGCCAUGGGCAGUGAGCUCUUGAACAAGCAACUCUAUGAAUGGGAAUGCUGAAUCAGUUAAGUAUAAUUUCUGUUUCAUUGCAUUCUCAUCUAAUAAUAGUUUUUAGAGAUUGAAUUAUAUUCUUGACCUGAAUUAUUGUGAUGAUACCAUUUAAGAAUGCAUUAGGGAUUGAUAAUGUUUUGUUUGUAAAUCCUGUCAUAAUCAGUUAUGCUUUCUGCUCAUGUUAAAUUUGUUGCAUUUUGCUUUUUUACCUUGCAAAAAAAAAAGUUCUUUAGUAAAUCAUAUCAUCUGAUCAGAAGAGUGUUCCUCCCCGUAGACAUCCCUAACUUCCAAUUGUUUACCACUUCCCACUUUGAAAACCACCAUUCCUACACAAAUGGCCUUUAUAUCAGCUCGUAGAAUGAAACUCGAGUGACUCUUUGAAUGUUGACAAUGAGGCAUUGUCCAGUGGAAACAGAUCAAACAAAAACUGAAAUUGCUGGUUUAUUUCUCUUCUAGCAGCUGAAGACAGCAUGUCCAACUGUAGCAGUGCUUUGUUCCUAAGUGCCAUAAUUUACCUCAGGAGUUCACAUUGAAUUUGGUCUGUAUAGCCUGAUUCCAUUUCUGCACUUGAUUACCAAAAAUAACUACUGUUUCUAACCAUGAUCUAAAAGGUACAGGUUGAAUACUUUUGUGGUAUAUCUGGUGUCACUUUAUUUCCAGAAAUGACACACUCAUUGCAAAAUCAGCAAUCUUUCUGGAAUUAGCACACUUUCAAAUUUAAGUUCAAACUAAGCUAAAGAUGUGCUGUUGGUAAAUGGAAACACGUUCUAGAGUGCCGUUUUUAUGACUGGCAUACAAAAAGCAAAACGUUAAAUAUGAUCCAUUUUUUCUUCAUG